UGUUUUACAGACAUUGAAAUGAAAGAGCUGAAGAAACGUAAUCCAGGUGAGGCGUUUGAGGUCAUGCGGAGCCUUUCAACUCCCGACGCCAAGGUGGACUUUCCACUAUCCCUUCUUGAAAGGAAGGAAACGCCAAUGGUUGAUAUUAAGAAGAAGCUGGAGGCUGUUGAAAAGAGACGCAAGAGCUGCGACGCUGCAGUGCUGAACCACUUGGCUGGGAAACGAGAGCACGGGAAGGAAGUCGUCCAGAAGGCCAUCGAGGGAAACUGCAACUUCAACAAGAUGAUGAGAGAGAAAAUGAAUCAGCAGGUGGAGGCAUAUCAUGAGAACUGCAACGCAUGGCUGGCAGCUCUUCUAGAGAAGUCCAAUGAGAAAAACAAGACGCUGGAUGAGUGA